UAUGCACCCGAACUGUUACCUUCUUUUAUAAAGUUCUUUUUACAAAGGAUUCGCCAUCAUACUCUAGGAUUACGACAGAUGUGUGGUAUACUUUAACGAAAAUCCUCGAACGAUUAUGAACUGAGCGUAUUCCACCAUAUUCGACACGAAUAUUUCAGGUGUACGUCACGUGUUGUGUGCGUCUUGAAUACUCUAGGAUUCUAUUGCGUCACAAUCACAUUUUCGAGUCUAGAAUACUCUAGAAUAUUUUGGCUUUCACGCAGUGUUUGUUACAAUGAAUGUCUGCAGAGAAGCCUCUGAUUUUGUCUCAGGUAACAUCGUAUAAAAUUGAGAGUUUUCAUCCAUGUAGACUAAACAGGGGGCACAGAUAAAUGUAGGAUCAUUGUCUUCUUUGGUGCUCUACAUACAAAGCUUAUUUUGUAUGUCGUUAGUAACCAAAUCCAAGCAGUUCCGUGUUACGGCGCAACAGCCUUGUCGCGUUACAUGUUUUUAAGCCAAACCUGGUUUCUUGUUCGUUUUCGGCUUUUCUCCAUCCAUUUCCUUACACAUCCCCAUACCACUUUAUGACGUUACGUUUUGUAUUCCCUCCCCCAUCCUAACAUGCGCCCGCCUUCUUCCAUCUUGACUAUGACGCCACUUAGCCGCCAUCUUGACUAUUCAAUUCGUUUCGGGGUGACAAAGCCGCCUUCUUGAAUUUGUCUCAGGAUGAAAAAACCGCCAUCUUGAUAUUCAAUUCGUCCCAGGGUGACAAAGCCGCCAUCUUAAAUACUUAUUGCACCCUAGGGUAAAUACCGUCUUACUAACCGAGUUCGAGGUCUGUACCGUAAGUUACGAAACGAGUUGUUUCCCCUUCGAUUUAUGGCCCAAGCGCGAAGCGCGCGGGUCAUAAAUCGUAGGGGGAAAAACGAGAAUCCGUAACUUACGGUUUGGACCAAGAAGAUGUGGUUAGUAAGAUAUUUAUUAUAUCUUUACUGUGUGCCUAACGGGUUCGGAAACGAUUUCUAUUCACGCGGACUCCGAAAGGCUUCAAAUUUCUGACGCACUUUGAAAGCAAAGCGAGUCAGUUUGAAACGGUUUUUUAAGUCGUUAGCACGCUUUAUUACAUAAUUUAGAGUGUAAGAAAGUUUCAAACUUUCACUUGUUAUAAAAGUCAAGAACACUUAGCGAUAAAUCACAAAAUAGUUUGGCAACAGAACCAACUUUAAAUUUUCGCGGGCCGUACAGGAGAGAACGGCCCGCUAAAUUGACCAAUCACAGCGCGCGUAUUAACUGAGAGAUAUAAUAACGCGCUAUACUACUUGUAUUUAAAAUAUCCCACCUACUGAAGGGCUAGACUUGCCCUAGAUUGCAAUCCCACCCCCAUUCCCGAACUAAAGAUCUAAAUGUGGCCCUGAUGCCACACCCUAUUGAGGUUUUAAAUAACUAGUCAAGAAGAGUUUUGUUGCUGGUUGACUAGGAAGUUUUGAAAACCCUUCUGAGAAAUAAAACUAUUGAUAGCUUUUGCAAGGAGUGUGGAACAGUUAAAACCAUCCCAGCAAAAACAGUUGACUCCUGAUAACUCGAACCCUCGCAAAUUCUAACCUCCUGCCAACUCGAACCUCGGGCUAACUUUAACCAAAAUCGAUUUUCCCUGGAUUUCUGACAUACAUCUGCUGUAAUUUCACCCUCGGUAACUCGAACCCUUAAUAACUGGAACCUCCCGCUUACUCGGAGCCAUUUUAGUUUCCUUUCAGGUCAUUUUCUAUAUAAUUUUACCCUAGAUACCUCGAACCCUAUUUGUCAAUACGUGACAACUCAAAACAAACAGUGCUGUUGUCCAAAACAUUGAAACUAUUUCUCGAAAAUGUAAGGCUGAUUUGGUACAAGCAUGAACUUUAUUUUAACCCUUUCAUGGGCUAGGAUUUUGUUUCUCGAGACAGAUGUAUGCAUAUUUGUUUCUCCGUAUCAAAUGCCUGGUCGUGCGUGAAAAGUUUUUUUCCACCGUGGUCGUGUGCAUAAUUUUUUUUGGUACAAGUAUGCUUGAAGGCGUUUUUUGAAAAUCAAACCCCCCUCAAAAAUCAAAUAGUCCACCUCUAAACACCGAUGUUUUCCUUAUUUCUGGUCAUUUGCACUCAACUCCUGGUAACUCGAAUCUUUUUCAAUUUCCCUUGAAUAUUCGAGUUAUCGUGAGCCGACUGUAGUUUAGUUUGAAAAGGACUAAUUUCUUGUUUACGCCUUAGAAAUUUCGUUCCCUAAGCAUUUUGGGUUUACGAGCUUAUUCCACUUUCACGAGGGCUGAUAGUACAGUCAACUAUUCCAUAAAAUUGCAGCAUUUGCAUUAAUUUGAGAACUGUGAGUCAGCGAACUUCCAAAAGACAAAGUUUGCUGUUAACCUUCAAUUUGAUCUCUAUAUGUUUAUCUUUAUCAGUUUUCAGUGUUAUGGCAAGGAAUGGAUACAAGAGGAUCUCCACGAAAGAAGAUAAAGAAAUAGUCAGCUUCGUGUCUCUUCUAUUCUUUCAAUGGAUGAAUAGUAUCUUCAAGAUAGGCAGUAAACGACCAUUGGAUGAGAAUGAUUUUUUACCGCUUUCAAAAGAGAAUUCCGCCUCUUUUCUGACCGAUCAGCUUCAAGCAAACUGGAACAAAGAAAGAGCAAAUCAAACCAGGCCUAAACUUUGGAAAAGCGUCAUAAAGCUGAUCUCGGUAAAGGAUGCCAUGAUUAUUGGAUUUACUAAUGCUUUGUAUUCAAUUUCUCUCCUUCUUCAACCAUUGUUAUUGGGAUAUCUUAUUUCCAUACUGAUGUCAGCAGAGCCAAAGAAAAAUAAUCUUCUGUACGGUUGUAUACUUGCUUUGUGUAUAAAUUCCUUCAUCGGAGCUCUUGGUAUGCACCAUAGUGCCUACAGAUGUGAGCUGUUGGGUAUCCAAAUUAGCUGCGCCUUGAAAGGUCUAGUUUACCAUAAGACGCUACAUCUCAGCAAAGGUGCAUUGUUAAAGUUUACAACAGGCCACGUGAUCGACCUUAUAUCAAACGAUGUUCAGCGUAUAGAGGAAGACACAGUCCUGUUUCUAAUUUUUUCGAUUUCUUCGUGCUUUGUCCUGGUGGUGAUAGCAGUGUUACUCGUGUAUUUGAUUGGCUGGCAAUGUCUUAUGGGAGUCUUUUUCCUGUGUUUUCUUGUGCCGUAUUUCGCUGGGUUGUCCAAUAUUAGUGCUGCACUGCGCUUGCGCACAGCAGCGGUGACCGACCGACGCAUCUCCUUGAUGAACCAGGUGGUUUCUGGGAUUCGUGCCAUCAAAACGCGCGCGUGGGAGGACGAAUAUCGAAAAAAAGUCAAGCACACGCGAAGAAAUGAAACAAACGUCAUCCGUAAAAAAAGUGCCAUUCUGUCAGGUUUUCUUGCCUUGUGGGACAGUUCAGUAUCAGCAGCGACCCUGUUGUCUGUAAUUACUCUUGUGCUAACUGGUCAACCCAUCACACCUGUUAAUGUCUUUAUGCUGAUUGGUUUAAUGGAUAUCGCAAAAGUAGCAGCAUGCCAGUACAUUUCCACUGCUCUACUACAAACAUACGACGCUUAUGCAUCGCUGGGACGAAUAGAAAAUUUCCUUGUUUUAGAAAAUAUCCCCGCCAUCUCACGUGGUCGAAGUAGAGAUGACACCAGUAACACAGAAAACAAUUUAACCAAAGCUUCGAACGGUCUCCCAGAUCCGGAGAAGAAAAUGGAAGCACUAUUCAAUUCUCACCAAGUAAAAGUGCAGGACAAACACAGUGCUUUAUGCGUGUCAAGACUAACGCACAAACAAAUCGAACGAGAAGAUGAAUUCAUUUUGCAGGAUAUUGAAUUUUCCACAGCGUCGCAAAGUCUAACAGUCAUCACCGGACCAGUGGGUAGUGGAAAAUCUACUCUUCUCUCAGCCAUCGCUGGAGAGAUCUCUGACGUUAGCGGGACAAUAACUUUCCUAGGAACUUUAGUUUAUGUUCCUCAGACAGCUUGGAUCUUCUCAGGAACCAUAAGAGAAAACAUUUUGUUUGGUCAACCAUACGAUGCACCAAAGUACAACAGAGUAAUCGAAGCAUGCGCCCUCACAGAAGACAUUCAGCGGUUUCCUGACUAUGACCAAACAGUUGUUGGAGAACGCGGUGAAGUUCUUAGUGGAGGUCAGAAGGCGAGAAUUAGUUUAGCACGCGCAGGUUAUGCUGAUGCAGACCUUUACUUGUUAGACGAUCCUCUAAGUGCUGUGGACUUAAAAGUUGGCCAACAUAUCUUUAAAGCAUGUAUCAACGACCUACUGGGCGGUAAAACGCGAGUGUUAACAUCACAUCAAGAACAUUACAUGAAAGAAGCUGAUCAAGUGAUUAUGUUGUACAAAGGCCGCGUGUUGGAAAAGGGAAGUUUCACUGAACUACAAGAAAAAGGUGUUCUAAACACAACUGUUGACCCGCUCUAUCAGGCAGUUGGGAAAGAUAGCAAACUUACUAAAAGCUUUUCUCGGGAGAUUGAACAGAAAAAAGGUGGUGUUGAUGGCCAUGAAACAGUGGUCCCAAAGACCAACGACGAUAGGGGUCUGGAAAUAUCACAAGAAGAUCGUUCCAUCGGAGUGAUUUCAUCAAAGCUUUACUGGAACUACUUCAGAAGCGGAGUACAUUGGUCAACAAUCUGUGCAGUAAUUUGCUUGUUCAUCAUAGCGCAAGCAAUGAUAGUUGCUCCUGACGUCUGGCUCUCAAUACUUACAAAGAAACUUCCAGAUGAGCAGAAAGACAACACAAACCUCACUAUCUAUGCUUGUCUCGUCGGUGCGUCUCUUAUCUUUGCCGUCAUUCGAUCUUAUGGAUUCCUUCUGGUUUCGCUCAGAUGUUCUGAGCGCCUUCAUGACAAAAUGGUUGUAGCUAUUUUACAAGCACCAGUUCUAUUCUUCGAUUCAAAUCCCGUGGGAAGAAUACUGAAUCGAUUUUCUAAAGAUAUGGGCUGCGUUGACGAGUUGUUACCCAAGACUUUUCUAGUAUCUAUCCAGUGUGUCUUGUUGGUGUUUGCAUCAAUAAUUGUACCAACUGUGACAAAUCCUUGGCUUCUGUUUCUUGUUGUUCCGCUGAUUGUGUUACUCGUGUGUAUAUCCAAGUAUUACUUGAAGACGUCAAGAGAGCUGAAAAGGUUAGAGUCAAUAUGCCGCAGUCCAGUUUUCUCUCACUUUUCCGAGACCCUGAAUGGACUGGACACGAUUCGAACAAGAGGCAGACAAAGGGAUUUCGUGGAUCAGUUUUACAGAUACCAAGAUGUUCACAAUCAGGCGUAUAUUAUGGUGAUGGCCAGUGGGCGAUGGCUUGGUGUACGCAUGAACUUUCUCGUAUCCAUUUUAAUUGGUGCAGUGUCUUUAGGGGCUGUUUUGGUGUCACAAGAUGCCGCUUGGGCCGGACUUGCGCUUGUUUAUGUCAUCAAUGCCUCGACGUUUACUCAAUACGCUGUCAGAAAAACCUCAGAUGUCGAGAAUUUCAUGACCUCAGUUGAACGAGUGAUGACGUACACCAAACUUGAAUCUGAGCCUGGAUACAAAGUCCAUAGACUUCCCCCGGAACAGUGGCCACACAAAGGAAAUAUCACAUAUCAAGAUGUGUCAUUGACGUACUAUCCGGGUGGACCUCAAGUACUGAAGAAAAUCAAUCUUAAUAUCAAAGGAGGAACAAAGAUUGGUGUUGCAGGCCGCACAGGUGCAGGGAAGUCAUCUUUUAUGGCAGCUUUGCUGCGCAUGCCAGAUGCUGCUGGAGACAUAUUGGUCGAUGAUAUUCCUAUCAAACAGAUCAAUCUCCAAGAGGCUCGACGAUGUAUAUCUGUUCUCGGCCAAAGCCCCGUUCUGUUUAGUGGAUCGCUGCGAAAAAAUCUUGAUCUCUUGGAGCAGUUACAAGACGUAGAUGUGUGGCAAGUCUUAGAGGAUGUGCAACUGAAAGAGUUUGUGGAAAGUCUAAACGGAAAGCUAGAUCACGAGCUGUUAGAAAAUGGAGCAAAUGUCAGUGUAGGAGAGCGGCAGUUAAUUUGUUUGGCUCGUGUGCUGUUACAGCAAAACAAGAUCGUCAUCUUGGACGAGCCUACUGCACACGUCGAUCCAGAAACGGAACAAACAAUCUGGAACGUAGUGCGUGAGAAACUAAAAGACUCCACAGUUAUCACUAUAGCUCAUCGUUUAAGCACCAUCAAAGACUGUGACAUGAUUUUAGUUUUGAAAGAUGGGGAAGUUGACGAAUUUGACAAAUUUGAUACUUUAAUGAAUAAGAUAGCAGGUUCUUUGAGUGAAAUGUCUCGAGUUGAAGAUAUCUAGAUAGGCAAGUGCCUUCUUUGUUGACGAAACAGCCUAAUUUACAGACCCCUUUCAAUAUGAUUGGAUUUUGUGGACUGAUUUCUUCUUGCUCAUCGAAAAUAAACAGUAGCAUGGAUCAUUUAAAAUUAGAGUUAAGAAAUUGAGCCUUAAAUACAAACCAGAAUAAUCUCAUCGAGGAACAUUGUACAAAGGGGCGAACACACUCUUGACUAUUGUGUUUGUAUAACCUUCUCUAUGAUUGGUGCGUGAUAUAUUAGUGACUUCAUGGAAGAGAGCAUGACAUAGGUCAUACUCUAUUGCUUCAUGUCGUAUCUACUCACUUUUCUUUGUUUUUUAUAGUCACUUAUCUUUUACACCUUUAGAAUUAUGAUUUGAAGAGUUCUUGAAUGUAGGAGCAGGAGUAUUCUUAAACGCAGUCUGAACGUUUUUUUAUAGUCCACCUUACAAAAAUAUAACUUGUUUAUUAUGAAGUGGCCAUUAAGUUGCCUGAUCAACCCGGGUGUAAGGUGUACAUGAACUUAUGGUCUUUAAAUUUUUAUAGCCGUUAUUUAAGUCGUCGCCAAACGUUUCUCUUAAAGAACAAAACAAAUUUAGGUUUGUUGUAUCUCAGUGAAUAUACCGUGAUUUUUACGUUGGGACCAAAUGGGGGUGCCUUAUAGUUUAGGCUUUCGAAAAGACCAUUUUACAGUUGUCUGCUUAGUGACCGGGCCUUUGAAUGGCAGCGAGGCUGGAGUUGACCUUGUUUUG